GGAAACCCCUGGUCCAUCUAGUCACCAGCCAGGGCGAGCGCCAGGCACAUUUCGUCAUGAACCUAUUCCAAGCCGGUAUCGCGUUGGCAUUAUUGCUCGCAUUCUGGUAUCUAAGUACAGCUGUGCGCUCAUGGUAUCGCCUUCGACACAUUCCGGGACCCUUCCUGGCCAAGUUCUCAUACCUGUUCCUCGCCUAUGUCCAACAGAGCGGCCGCCAGUACUACAUAUUUCGCGAUGAGUACACCAGGUACGGGCCCCUCGUCCGUGUCGGGCCCAACGAGCUGUCCACAAGUGAUCCGAAUGUCCUGCGCAAGAUGACGUCCGCGAGGGCCCAGUACACAAGGGACGCCUGGUACACGGGCGGCCGCUGGAACUCGUACGCGCACAAUAUGUUUACGACGACGGACACCAAGGCCCACGAUAACAUCAAGUCCAAGAUGGCGAUCGGGUACGGAGACAAGAACUCGGCGCUGGAACCGGGAGUCGAUGAGCAGGUCACGACGUUCGUGCGGCUGAUCAGGGACGGGUACCUGAACGGCACGAGGCUGCUUGAUUUUGGGACGCUGACGUCCUAUUUUACAAUGGACGUCAUCACAAAGGCUGGGUUUGGCGAGGCAUUUGGGUACUUGGAGAAGGAGGAAGAUCUGUUUGAUUUCCUGGCCGGCGUCCGGGACAACUGGCAGUUCAUGGGCAUUACGCUGGAUGUGCCUUGGCUGAGGGAGAUCUUCUAUUCUCCCUUCCUGCUGAAGCUCAUUGGCCCGAAAAUGACCGACGAGAAAGGUCUUGGUAGGCUCAUGAAAGUCGGCCACGAUGUUAUUAAAAAGAGGUUAGCAAAAGAGAAGGGCACACAAGCCGACGACAUGCUGGGUUCUUUUCUAGCUCACGGCUUGACCCCAGAGCAGUGCGAGAAUGAGGCCCUGUUCAUGAUCGUUGCUGGCUCGGAGACCACAGCCUCUGUAAUUCGCGUGACUGUGCUGCACAUCAUGUCGGCACCCAGAGUAUACAACCAGCUCAAGCAAGAGAUCAGAGAAGCUCUGGAAGACGGCAGAGUCACCCACCAGCCCAUCGCAAUGGAAGAAUCAAAGCGCUUGCCGUUCCUCCAGGCCGUCAUAUACGAGGGAUUGCGCAUGCGUUCACCAGCGCCGGGGUUAUACGCCAAAGUCGUGCCAGCUGGGGGUGACACCCUCUGCGGCAAGUUUGUGCCCGAGGGAACGGCAAUCGGCAUGAACACAUCGGCCGUGCUGGCCGACACAAGCCUGUUCGGGGAGGAUGCCAGCCUCUUCCGGCCGGAAAGAUUCCUCGAGGUCGACGAUGCCAGGAGGGCCGAGAUGCAGCGCGACGUGGAGCUGGUAUUUGGCACUGGACGCUGGAUGUGUGCCGGCGAGGCGGUCGCGUUCAUGGAGCUCAACAAGAUCCUAUUCGAGCUCUUCCGCAACUUUGACUUGCAACUUGCUCACCCGAUGAAACCGUGGCAUUCUCUGAGUUGGUCUGUCUGGGUUGACGAGAAUAUGCAUUUGAAAGCCACAGAAGCCAAGUAGCCACAUUACACGCGGUAGUGGCGGGACGCAUGGAUUUUGGCAGGAUCGACCCUCGACCGCGAGUGGACACCUGGACUGAGGCCAUGGGCAUUUGAAGAAACAUGGUGAGUAUUGGCUACGUCUUAGAAUUAUUGGAGUCAACAAGCAG